UUAGGAAAAUCUAAAAGAAAAGCAUAAUCGGAAACCACAACCGAAUUCUUUAGCAUCGGCGAAGAAGGGGGUAGGCGAUGCCAUUGUCGAAUAAGAAGAAGAAGAUAUUAUUAGACUCGAUGGAAUGCGGAUUUGUAGAUUUAAACGGCUGAAACCGCCAUUACCGACUCAUCUCUCUCCUUCUCGAUUCGUCAUUCGUCGAUAUUCGUUAGCAGGUGAGUUUGAGUUUGGAUUGGAUGCUUGUGGUGUAUCGGAACUCGUUUUCUACAAUUCAGAGUCGACGGCACCAGUAGAUAUGACAUUUAGACGCAACUUUAAUUACACCCGUCUUGCUGUGGACGAAGACGGCAAAAGCACAUUUGACCCGAGGUUUGACUUCUCAGGAGAAACAUCGGGUAAAGUCCCAUGGAAAUCCAUUGGGCUUGCACUUUUUCUUCUCUUGUUUGGAUGUGUGCUCCUACUCCUUUCAUUAUCCAUCUUCACAGGCUACAUGGGAGGAGACGUAUCCCAAGCAUAUGGCCUGUUUGGACUUGGGACGCUCACCUUCCUCCCAGGGUUCUACGAGACUCGAAUUGCAUAUUAUUCAUGGAGAGGUGCACACGGUUUCCAUUUUGCAGCUAUCCCGGGUUACUAGGUUGCCCUUCCGGUCUCUGCGGUCCGGUGUAGUGGUGGGCACUUUCUUGUUCGGCUGUAUAUACAUAACGUAAAGGACUAACCACAUUAAUUCAAGAUCUGAGAUUCUGGUUUGGGCCUUGGGGAGUUAAUGGUUGGGCCAUUUUAUGAUAAAGGUCUAACCAAACAAAUUGUUCGGGUCAACAACGGGUCAUGUUGACCCGUCACAUUUUAGUCAAUUUUUUUGUACGUUUUAGAAUGUGUUUGAAAAAAGUAGAUUUUAAAUUAUUUCUAUGUGAUUAUACUGUUUAUUUAUAUUUAUGUUUUUGAUACUUUAAGAGCA